AAUUCUCCAGUCUGGCAACAAAUGCCAACGUCCUGUAAGUGCAGGCGCAACUCUGUGAUCCAACCCGGGUAUUUAUUUUUACCCACUACCAACGUUGACGAGUUUUCUUACGUAUGUAUGAAUUUGACGGGAUUUUCGGACUCAUGGUACAUAUACAUUUGUAUGUGCCAUAUCACAUCCCCGAGGUUAUUGUGAGUUCUCUCUCAGUCCUACUUUCAUCAUCAACAUCGUUGGAAAUUACAAUUUUUUAGCCACAAAGAAAUUAACUCUGCAAUUACAUUGUUUCAAAAAUGUAACUAAUCAGUGAUCUUAGCUGACACUUCCAGCUGUCCAGUCGCCAAUACGAAGUAAUCAAUCUCCUACACUCAUGGGUUAAAAGGUCCAUAAUCUUGGGCAGGGAAUCCGCACCACCUUGCUCUAAAAUUAAUACACAAUAAAACAUCUCUAGCAUCGUGGAAAUUCAGUUGCUAGGUUUCGUCCCGUCGUACAAUCGACCCUUCAAGAAUGGCGUCAACCACGACCACAACAACGAAGCCAUUAUUCACCAUCACUCCUGCGUCAAGCGUGUCCUCAGUUUGUGUCGUGGAAGGUCCACCACCUUCCACGACCAAUAGAGGAACCUCCUCCCCGUCUGAAGUAUCCAUCGGCAUGGCGUACUCCGACUCCAACACGAGGCUCAUGCCAGCCACCCCCACGGACGAUGUGUCCAGCCAGGACUCGAGGGAAACCCUCUUGUCCGGGGAGAGGAAGGAGACUGGAUUGUCCAUUUUCCUCCAAGUUUUUCCCCCCUUUCUGAUCGCGGGGUUGGGAAUGGUCUUUGCCGGACUGCUCUUGGACAUUGUGAAGGAUUGGCGUGUUUUCCGAGAAGUUCCAGAGUUUCUAAUACUGGUCACUCCACUUCUUGGACUGAAAGGGAAUUUGGAAAUGACUUUGGCAUCCCGACUUUCUACUCAGGCCAACCUUGGAAAUUUGGACGGUGAUAAUCGUAGGUGGACGAUUUGUUGGGCAAACCUGAGCUUGAUUCAGGUUCAAGGAGUCGUUGUGGGGUUUCUAUCUUCCAUCGUGGCCAUCAUAAUUGGGGUCGUGCUGCCUGGUGAAAGCAGGGCGUUUAACAUUCGUCACGCCCUCGUUCUCUGUGCUAGCAGCAUUCUGACGGCAGCAAUUGCAAGUUUUGUGCUGGGAUGCUUGAUGAUCUUUGUAAUAUUUCUGUCCAGAAGAAUUCACGUUAAUCCGGACAACGUUGCUACGCCGAUUGCUGCGAGUCUCGGAGACAUUACAACCUUAGGUCUCUUGGCAUACAUUGCAAGAUUCUUGUAUUCUGGAACAGAACCAUCUUGGAUUCCGAUUGCAGUUAUGGCAUUUUACGGUUUGACUUUGCCAAUCUGGGUCUACGUGGCGUAUAGGAAUGACUGCACCAAGAACGUUUUAAUCAACGGAUGGACUCCAGUUAUUUGUGCAAUGUUUAUCAGCAGCAUGGGGGGCCUAAUUCUGGACAAGGCGGAGCAGAGAUUUGCACCACUGGCUUUGUAUCAACCAGUCAUCAAUGGCGUCGGGGGGAAUUUAGUGUCCGUUCAAGCAAGCCGAAUUUCAACUCGGCUCCACCGAGAUUGUGCUAAAGGGCAACUCCCACAAGGAUUAGUUACAUCGUGGGGUUCCCCAUUUGACGUUUAUCUUAAAAGGGGCAUCGAUUCUACAGCAGCAAGGGUUUUAUUGGGAAUGGUGAUUCCAGGACAUAUCUUUUUCUUGACUAUUACCCAUUUUAUUUCAACCGACUCCCAAGAUUCGUUUGGAUUUGUUAUAUUUUAUUUGACUGCUGCCAUGAUUCAAGUUGGAAUGCUCCUCUACACGGCGGACAUUCUGAUUCGAUGGUUAUGGAUGCGAAAUAUUGAUCCGGACACUUCAGCAAUACCUUAUUUGACCGGCUUGGGCGAUUUGUUGGGGUCAGCGCUGCUUUUCUUGGCAUUUGCAGCUGCGAGUUUCACUUGAAUGUGAAACUUUGGACUUUCGAUAAGAUUACAUUUGUCUUUGUUAAAUGAUUUCCGUAUUCUUGCUGUUAUAAAAAAAGUAAGGGUUCGGCCGUUUCACUCACUCCACGUCCACCCGAGCAAUAUACAUGUAGUGCAUAGUUACAAUUACUUCUUAUCAAUGGACCUGUAUAAUUUCUUGCACACUUUGGGCAAGGUACAUAAUUUAUCCGAGUACCUGGUUGUUCUUGCACCUGAUUACAGGGGUGGGACAGAAGAAGGAGCCACUUGAAUUUUAGGGGUGGCGUGUGAUGCACAGUCGCGGCAUUUUCAAAAUUUGCAUAUGUCAUACCCAGAUAGUUAACGAAAAUUUAGCACUAUUCAGAUUUUCCCUACGGUUAAAAAUGCCCCUGCAGCACCCCCCAGAGUGCGAGGCACGCAUAAAAGUGUUUUCCAAAGACAUACUGAGCCAGAGAGCGAUUGUUAGAAAAUUUGCUGCAAAUGGAUUUAUCGUCGAUCGAAAGUACGUUUCUAAUGUACUUAAAAACGUUGGAAUCAAGCGGAGGGAAAAAGCGGUUAGAGCUCCACCCCCACGGAAAGGAUACCCAAGAUCCGCUUGAACCAAAAAGUUUAUCCGGAAAAUCAAUUUUUCGCCAAAACGGUAAAUCCACCAACUAAAAGUUGCAUGGCGAAAAUGUUAAACGUUAGUAGGAGAACAUUUCUAGAGUCAUUCACAAUGACCUACAGCAAGUGACUCGUAGGAAAUCCCGAGAUCAUGCUCUCAUCCCAACUUAUUUCUCACAAAAUAUCAGCCUACACCAAGGAUUUUUAAAAAAGUUUGGGUAUAACAAUUAUUCCUACUAUAGAAACUCUCGUUAGUUCCUCUGAUAUCAAUCCGAUGUUUUUUUUUGGAUUCGAGUACUUAAAACAGAGCCUUCUUGAAAGGAAAACGCGUGCGUUUUGAUGCACUUUGGAAAAGUGUUCAGGACGAGUGGUGCAGAAUCACUCUGAAAAUUGUGUCAAAGGUCAUGACUGGUUGGAAAAAGCGACUGAGGCUCGUUAGAUAAACUAAAGGGCUUCACACUGAACCAAUUACCAAACUUCACAAACGAAUAAUAAGGCCGGAAUAAAUUUAGGCAAAGUGGCUCCUUCUUCUGUCCCACCCCUCUGUAUGUAAAGAUUACCUGUUAAAUAUAUUUUACCCUGAUUGAGAGACGGUUCUACCACAACUUUAGGACGAUUAAGGUUUAACCACCCUUAAAAACAGAAAUUUAAAAAUGAAUUAUGCAUGUAUGAACUGGGAGCGGAAUGGGUGUAAAAAUAUAGUAACGAGUAAUACAGUUGUUUAUUUUCUGGGCCAAAUAAUCGGUUUCAAAUUGGUUUCCUGUCUCAAACUAUUUGAUUUUACCUCGAUCAGUAUUAUGGAAAUAUAUUUGCACAUCAUCAGCACAUAUUAUUCCCUGCUCUUAAUAACUGCAUUAGGAUAAUGGGAGUCGUUAAUAAUACAAAUUUUAGUUUCCUGUCCCUUAAUAAACCUGUGUUCAGUAUUUGCGUAUAAUUAAUAAGAAUAAUUAAAUGCAAUCCGAGAACA